UCGCAAUGUCAAUGUAGCCUGUCACCUGGGGAGCCAAGCCUACGACGAUUACGUGUUACGCGCGUUACCGACAUUGGCUACAGGGGCCAGGCCUAUGCUGAUGGGUGAUAUCACUGAAAAUGCUCUCUUUCAAAAUGCUAAAGCAAAAAGGACCAAAAAUUGUGUAAUGUGUGUUGCUAAAUUUUGAAUGAUUUAGCUGUUGUUAUCUGUUACCAUGGCAACUGUGGAAGGAGAUAGUAAGUCAUUUGAUAAUGCCCAAACACUUCAAAAGACAGAAGAGCUGUACACCAUGGGCAGGUUGGGCUUUGGAACACGUGAUUUACAGAAACGUUAUGAAGAUAUCUUAGGUCCUCUGACACUGUUUGCACCUUAUUUCCAUGAAAAGGUUCCAGAGAAAGUUGAGUUGGAUAUUGAACGCCCUGUAACACCCAUAGAUGAGAGUAUCAAGACACCUCCAUCCACAUUUAGUCAGUUAGCUAAGCUGAUUCGUCGUAGAAUUGCUGCUAAGCCUGAAGUUACUCACAUGACCAUGGAGGACCAACAGACAUUGGCUGGCAUCAUCAUGGGUGAAGUCAAUUGCAUCUGGCCAGACAUCAGACGGCAAGUGGAUGACCCCUUUCUGACUGCUGAAGAGAAUAAGGAACUACAGAGGAGAAUCACAGUUCAUAUAGUUACUGUAUGUGAGCAGCUGUUUCUGCAUUAUGUGGAGAAAGCUAAAAUUCUGGAGGAGCGAGGAGUUUUCAGCAAACAAGCAAACAUGAGCAGACUCAAUGCCCAAUUGUCUCUAGAUGCCAACAAAUUCCUGAAUAUCUUAGCUGUAAGACGUCACAUCGUUGCUGAUAUCAGAGGUGUCUUGUCAGAUUCUGAGGAGGACUUUCCUGAUGAUGCAGCCCCAGAGGAAGAUGUCGCUCCUCUUUCUUACCAGAAGUUGAUUGAGACAAGCCGUCCAAAACGGAAGAAACGUUAUCGUCAGACAGUAGAACGCGAAGUACGUGACUUGAACCGUCAAAUGCCAGCCAUACAGUCCCAUAAGGUAUUGGAUUAUCUACCAGAUGUCAAUCUUCUCCAAAGGGAGUUAUUAGAACAAAGUGCUGCUGAAAGAAAGGCAUCACUUCAUGCUGCUAAGAUGCAAGGAGCAAAGGAGGCUAACAGGAAGAGAAGUAGGAGAGAUGAAGAGACGAAACCUGUUUCCCACCCAAAGAUAAGAAGAGCCAGAUCCUUGGAAGUCAUACCAGUAGAAACACUCUUUGAAGAUCUUGGAAUCGACUACAGUACUGUUCAUAAGCGAAGACCUAGCCUUGCAUUUGACCCUAAACUUCCCGAGAAACCUAAAAGGACAGAAGAGGAUGUUUCCAAAUCCAAGGACUCCAGAGAGUAUUUCCAAAAAGAUCUUAAAAGGCUGUCAUGCUAUCGAUCAGCUAGAGACGAGGGAAAAGAAGAACAACUAGCCGAGGAUGAAGACUUGCCACCUCUCUUACAGGCUAUCUCCUUAACAGACAGAGCAGAUGCCAAGAGAGAAGAGUUAAAGAAACAGUUGAAGAGGAUAGAGGAGAAACGAGCAAUACAGGAGAGAAAUGAACACAUUGAGAUUUCAGCGCCUACCCAUCCUCAACCUGCGACUGUCACUACCAGAAUGCCAAACAAGUCUGUUGUUCGUACCUCAGAUGUCCGUGUGUCAGAACGUGUCAGCCUUUCAUCUAUUACACUCAAACUCAACACUACUGUCUUCAAUGAAUUGAAUGAUGAUGUGAAUGGCAACACCAUUAAGAAACUGGACAGUAACCUAUUCCGUGGUCAAGAGAUUAAUGAAGUGUACAGAGAGAUUAUGAAGACAUUGCCUACUGACCAUUUAGCCUAUGAUCAGGAUGAGUUUAUUGAGCAUUCAUCCAGCCAUCAAGCUUUAGCCCAUCAUGCCAUCUUAGCUUCAUCUAUGCUGCAGAAACAUGGUCAAGAUAGAGUGCUCAACCCUAUUCUGACAAAGAUAGACACCCCACCCUGGGGAGAUGAUAGAGAAGAGUGGUCCAAGAGUCCAAUCUUCAAUGCCAGUUUUGCCAAGAAGCCUGCUGCUCAGCAAGGCUACUCCCUUGCCACAAGUACUCUGCUGGAAACCUUAACACCCAACAUGAACCUUGGGAUUGGCACACCAGGGCAAGAACAUGGUGGAGCCAGUGGUGGAUUACUGGCUGGAACCAGUUCAAGCGGGUUGGAUCUGGACGGAACUGGUAUGGGAAAACCAGUAUCUCAAGGCUUGAUGGAUGACAGGAAUGCCAGGUCCUAUGCUUCUUGGCUUGCUUGGUGGAAAAAUACCAUUAGCUCAGAUGAUUACACCAAAUACCUCUCUACGCAGGAGACUGAUUUUCUGGGUGCUGUGUUUCACAUGUAUGAGAGUGACGAUGAUGAAGGUGAUGUUGGUAAAGCAGACCAAGAUAUUCUAAGCUCUUCAAAAAUGGCCAAGCAGAGAGAACGACAAGAGAAAUUACGGGAAUUGAAGAACCAGAAGACUGAUUUCCAAGCAGGAAUGUGGAAUGUCAACUCAGUAUUAAUGGGAGGACUUGGCAGAGAUCCUGAAUUAGAAGUAAUGGAAAUUAAUUUUUGGACAGAAGAAGAAGAGGAAGUUGAAGAAUCUGAGGGAACAGAUUCCAGAGCACGCUCACGCCGUGCACACUCACAAUACUUACUCCAUACUACUUCUAGAGGCUCAGCUAAAUCCACAAUCAGCUCCUUAUCUAGAGGCAGAAAUUUGAAGGUGCCUGAUGUAAGAGAUGGAGGAGGCAGUAAAAGAUCCAUCUCAAGAUUGUCAUCCAGGGCUACUAUGAGAGAUUUUGCCAGUCGUGUAUCCAGCACAAAAUCUCAGAUGACAACUUUUGCUCCUGAGCCUCUGAAUUUUCAAGACAGACUGGAAGCAAUCUGGACCUCUCUACAGAUGCCUGAUAAUUUGAAACUAGACAUGGCAAUCAAAUACAGCUCAGAUGAACAUAUGGACAAACUGGAUAGUGCCAUUGAUGCAUGGGAGUUAGCCACUGAAGUCAUUUUACAACGAGAGGCAAUUCUUGCAAGGUUGGAGACAUUUGAGAGAUUGGCCUCUGAUCCAGACAGGUUCUUUCAAAAAGGUCACCGAGGUUCUUCAGUAGCUCGGUUGAAGGAAGCAAAGCAACGCAGUGAACUUUACACAAGACUUCAUGAUCUAGAUGUCCAUGUUAGAAACAAGGUUCAGUAUGUACACAAGAAGUUUGAUGACACGCCAACAUAUCAGGGUCGCCCUUACCUGGACAAAAUGAAAGUGGACUGUACAGAGAUGUUGUACUGGUUACAGCAGGAGAGGCGUCAAUAUGCCUUGGAUCAUUCCAUUCUGACGCAGGGAGUUAAACUUCCUGUAGCUGAUAUUUCCUCCGUGUCAUCAGUCACAGCAUCAACAUCAGCUUGAGUUUCCACAUGGAUGACAUUUUAAUGGGAAGGGAAAGAUUGUGAAAAGAAAAGCCAAUUUGCGAUAGUCCUUCCACUUCAGCCUGUUUAUGCAUCCAUUUUGUGCUUGGGCAUCAAGUAACAUGACUCGGAGUGAGGUCUCAAGUAGGGUUAUAAAAACUCUACAUAGCAAGUGGGGUAUAUAUACACACCUACUAAAGUCUGCAUUAAUAUAUUGUGGUUGCCAUGGUGACCCAAGUACCUUUUCCACAACAUACUUUGACGCAUCUUGGGUAUUAUAUUUCAAAUUCAUAUUUUUCCUCAUGCUACCAAGCAAUUGGAUUCUGAUAUUUGUGGUACAUGUAUUUGCUUUCCAAAUAGUAAAGAAACACGAAGAACAAUAACUGUAAUUUCCUAUAAGUAAUUCCAAAGUAUAUAUAUGAGCAACAUUUGCAAAGUUUAAUUUUCCACACCUCUGUGUGAAUCCUACCUGAAGUCUGAAUUCAAACCUUUAGAAGAGUGCACAUAUGAUGUAAAUUUAGUGUUUUUUAAAUAAUGUACCAUUAUGUAACAUUAAUGUUAAUCGUUACUGGGUUUUUUACUUUACCAAAGAUCUGUUUUUUGAGUUUGUACCAUUUGUUUUGGUCGAAGUAUACUUCAUAUAAAAAGCAUUAUUUUCAUUUUGUUCUGUUGUACAUUUAUGAAGUGCCUAGGUUUUCAUUUCAAGUUCUUGUAAUGUUGUUUCAUGUAAACAAAACGCACAGAGCGAGACCAUCACAAAUUGCUGUUUUUUUGUUUGGAAGUAAAAUUACCUGAAAAUGACCUAUCUCAAAGUCACCUAACGUUUACACAAUUAAUGGGUGAGUGCCUGUACAUGUGUGCGUGUUUCAAUUCAUGCAUUCUUGGAAGAGAACCCCAGUUGACAUUUCUGGCUGGCCACUUUUUAUUUGAUUUCACACUUUUACUCAUAUCAAACGAAAUUAAUGUACAUUUUUGAAGCGAGAUGGCGUUUUGAUUUAUUUUACCCUACAUUAAAAUGCUGGGGUAACAUUUCUGUUUUUUCCCAGUUGUCAGAAAAGAAGUUGCACACCGCUAGUGAGAAAUCUUCACAUGUUGAGCUGUGUGAUGCAAUUGAACGUUUGAAUUAACAAACGAUAUUCCUUCAA